GCCACAUCUAUUAUAGAGGUUUGCUGACAUGAAAGGGGGUGAAUCCCGGCUGAACUUUGACGCAUUAUCAUGUUUGCAGUCUUCUUCAGCCCUGCCACCCUGUAAUCAAUCCUUUAGUCUCUUUCAGACGAAACAGCCAAUGAAAUACGGAGUACAGUUGGCAAGCGAUGGCUCAAAUUUUAUUAUCAAUGCUGCUUUACUAAAUAUUGGCCCCACGAGAUAACAAUCCUUCCACUCAGGCGUGUAUAAUUGGCGCAAGGAAUUCAACAGGUUCUUCAACCGGUCGCGCUAUCUAACUAUAGCGUAUCAUGAAUUGGCUAUGGAGACUCAAUAUCCCCCAUGUGGAUGCAGGGGCUCGAGGAGAGUGGUGCUUUGGGGGUGGUGUUUCGAGGAUGGGUGGAGGCCAGUAGCGCACUCUAUUUCGUAAAUGCAUCAGAUUUCCAGCGACUUGCGUUUGCUAGAUUUCUUGCGACCGCUUUUUACUUUUCUUUGUGUAAUAACUGGUGAAGGUAGUGAUCAAUGUCAACGCCAACUUCGCGUUACCCAGCUGCUGAGGGAACAGCCGGUGUGGUGACUACUUGGUUGCCUCUAACUACUGUUUAUCCUAUCGUACCUAGCUGCAAAACCGAAUUGUAUUCUCCCAACAAUCUCACACAAAUCUACGCCUACGACCCUAAUCAGAAUGCCCUUACCUUCGCGACGAAGUGCUGGCCUUCCGAAGCAAGAUCAUGGUGGAAUCAAGACACCUCGGCCGCAGCGGUCACCUCACUGGGACCAUUUCUAUGUCCGGAAGCCUACACCGUAGUUGUUACCACCGUUGUGAACUCGGGUUCUACACUGAGUGGAUGCUGUCCCAGCGGCUAUGCCCUUUGGUUUUUAUCGUCCCAACCUUACCCCGGCGAAUGCACAUCGACCAUUACUUCCGGAGCCACGAUUACAUAUGUUAGUAGUUGGACACCUGCCGCAGAUGGAUAUACAACAAUCACUACCGUGUUGGAUAGCGACCAUGCGGUUCAGGCUGUGCAGAUCAAUGGAUAUAAUUUCGAUGGCAAUUCUGCAGUUCCCACAGUGACGGCUUUCAGUUCGAGUGCGAGUUCGAGUUCGACGUCUGGAUCGGUCUCCAAAUCCGGAACGGCAGCUUCUGGUUCUACUCCCAUCUCGUCUGGAGCUGCAGCCACAUCCAUAUCUUCACCCUCAGCUAGUAGCAGUAGUAGUAGUUCAGGACUUGGGACUGGAGCAAAGAUCGGUAUUGCGGUCGGCAUCGCCGUUGGUGUAGUUGCCAUUGCGGCUCUUAUUGGAACUUUAUUUUUUAUGAAGAGGCGGAGGAAAUACGAUACAGCACCGCAGCAGGAUAGUCCUUAUGUGGAUUCCAUGAUAAAAAUGAACCAAGUCGCUUCACUUCCAUCUUCGCCUGGAUCUAACGUUCCGCAUGAGAUUGGCAAUGGAUAUGGACAUGAGGCGCACGAGGUUGGUAAUACGCAGAUACACGAAAUGAACGGGUCGACUUUCGCUGAGCUCGACGGAAAUAUUAGACACUGAUGUCGAUUUGGAUGGUAUAUAUGUAUGGAUGGUAAUUGAUUGCAUAGCGAAGGCGUUCUUGGCAUGUUGGGAAUUUCAGCGACCA